AUGCAUAUCUGUCUGUAUAUUCGCACGCUGGCUUCAACAUUCUACAAGAGUAGCGUUCUAAUUGUCGUCGCUUUCAACGUGGAACGAUACAUCUGCGUGCUUCACCCGUUUAGCUGUCAUCGUAUUUGUACCGGAAGGGCGUCACGCUUUGCUAUUGCCGCUUGGUAA